AUGCUGGACAAAAUUCUAUACAACACAGUAUUAUGUCAGACAUUUUCACCUUGUGGGCAAUAUUUAAUUGCCGGCAAUAUUUACGGACAGAUUGCGGUAUUCGACCUCGACUCUAUUCUUCAUCCUGUGAUCGAAUUACUUACUCCUGAUUUUAACAAACCCAAACAUUUGCAUCUGUUAGAAAAGGGAAAUCAGAUCUGUAGUCUCGCAAGUACUGAGAAGUUUCUUAUUGUGGGCACUGUUAACGAAAUAUUAGGAUGGGAGUGGAAAACUGUCCUGCAGUCAAAAUUAAGUAAACCUGCAUGGAGUAUAAAAAUAUCUUCACUAUCCAGAGUCGAUGAAACCGAUGUGAAUAGCCUGUGGCUUUCGGACGAAAACAAUAAAAUAUAUGCUGGCUGUGGUGACAGUAAAAUUUAUGCAUAUAAUUUAGAGGAUGGGAGGCUUGUAAACACAUUUGACGGUCAUAGGGAUUACAUACAUAGUGUACAUGGACGAGGCCAACACCUGAUUUCUGCUGGGGAAGAUGGUUUAUUAUUGUUAUGGGAUGUUAGGAUGAACAAGCACCACAAUAAAUUGGAACCACAUACAAAUGACAAAGUUGUUAGGCCUGAUAUUGGCAAAUGGAUUGGAUCAGCUGCCUUGGGAGAGGAUUGGAUUGUGUGUGGCGGGGGGCCGAGGCUGUCGCUGUGGCACCUCCGCUCGCUCGACGUGGUGACGGUGUUCGACGUGCCGGACCACGGCAUCCACGUGUCGCUUUUCCACGACGACUGCGUCAUAGCGGGCGGUGCGGCGAAGCACCUGUACCAGAUGAGCUACUCCGGCGAGGUGAAGGUGGAGCUGCCGGUGUCCGCCGCCACGGUCUAUUCGGUCGCCCUGAGGACGAGCCCCAACAAGCUGCUGACGAUAGCCGGCUCCAGUCCGGAGAUCGACCUGUGCACCAGUUUCAAUUAUCGGGAUCAAAUCUUGCAUUUCAGA